AUGAGUUUAAAUAAUAAGGACUUUGGGGCCUUAAUUGUUAAUUAUUUACAUAAGAUUAUUGAUGGUAAAGAAGUUUCUGAAGAUAAUGCCGAAUCUUUAAAUGUCGCAAUUGACUGUAUAUCUGAUGUAUUUGAACUUGAUCCAACAUCUGAAGAGAAAAUUAUAAAUGAUGUAUUUAAUAAGAGUGAUUUAAAAACAAUAACGUUAAAGGGAUUGGGUCUACAGAACGUAUCUGAUGUUGUUGAAUUAGAGGUGAAAAAUGAAGAAAUAAGUGAAGACAAAAAAAAGGAAGCUGAAGCUCUUAAGUUAGAAGGUAAUAAGCAAAUGAGUUUGAAAAAUUAUAAAAGUGCUAUUGAUAAAUAUUCAAAAGCGAUUGAAAUAUAUCCUUCAAAUCCUUUUUACUAUUCUAACAGAGCUGCUGCUUAUCAAAUGAUUGAAGAUUUUACCAAUGCUGUUCUUGAUGCCAAUACCGCAAUUAAAUUAGAUCCAACAUAUUCAAAGGCUUACUCAAGAUUGGGUGCUGCAAAAUUAGCUGAAGGCAAUAACGAAGAUGCUGUACAUGCCUUCAAGAAAGUAUUGGAAUUAGAAGGUGAUAAAUCAACUGAAGUUAUGAAAAAUGAUUACGAGAAUGCAAAAAAAUUAGUCCAAACAUUUGUUACUUUGAACAAAAAUGUCCCUGACCCAUCAGGUCCUCCUCCUUUGAAUACAACCGAUGUGUUAACCGAUAUUGCUACUGUUCUAGGAAGCAGUUUUGGUAGUUUAAUGAACAAUACCCAAAUGAUGCAAAGAGCUCAACAGAUGAUGCAAACCCAAAACCCAGAAAUGAUGCAACAAGUAGAAGGCUUAAUGCAAAAUCCUGUUGUGAGACAAUUCGCAGAAAAUGUUGCUAAUGGGAAUGGUCCUGGUGGACUAUCAGAUGUUUUAAAUAAUCCAUCUGUAAAGGAAGUUGCAAAUGGUUUAAUGAAUGGGUAUAAUGUAGCAUCAAGCGUUACUGUCGAAGAGCCUGAAUCAAAAAACCCAGAAAAACAGUAA